AUGGCUCCUCCGAAAAUAAGAACGUAUAUCGAUGAUUAUGUCAAAUUUGGUUUUACGUUCAUUGAAAAAGAUGGUGUCCAAAAGCCUCAGUGUGUUAUUUGUCACGUUGUAUUAAGUAACGAUGCCCUCCGACCUAGUCGACUAGAACGACAUUUAACCACAGCUCAUCCGAUGCUAAAAGGAAAACCUAAAGAGUUUUUUGUUGCUAAAAAAAAUUCUUUAAGUAAAAUGAAAAUUGACCAUACCGGUGAGUUUCAACAGAAUAAUGAAAAAAUUAUUGAAGCUUCAUAUCACAUCGCCUUCAUGGUGGCUCAGCAAAAGAAACCCCAUACCUUGGGUGAAACAUUAAUUAAACCUAGCAUACUUAAAGCUGUUGAAAUAGUACUUGGUGAAGAAAGCAAAAGGAAAAUAGCUCAAUUAUCUCUUUCAGAUAAUACAGUGAAACGACGUAUAUACUCUGUUCAAAAUAAGAAACCUAGACGGCGGCGACCAGUUUUCGUCGGCGGCGGUCAGGCUACGCCCAUUGUUCUCCCCACCAAAUCAACCACCUGCUCACCAGCUCGGCCGACUACGCGCGACGCAGCUGGUGGCAGGUGUUCGCAUGUACGCGCCUUUCCGUUGAAUUUCAAAUAA